AUGACGAUUUCCGAGCGCGCUCAACACGCCUCUAGCGAGAUGGCCUCCCGCAUCCAGUGGGAGGUCAUGGUCGAUACAUACUCGGCCACAAACCCCAAUGGCUACCUGAAUGUCGGCGUGGCCGAAAAUGCUCUCAUGCAUCCCGAACUUCAACAAUAUCUGAAGCAGAAGCUGGACUUACCCGUCGAAUAUUUGACCUACAAUGAUGGUGGGCAUGGCUCGACCAAGCUGCGCCGCUCCAUUGCCCAUUUCCUCAACCGGCACUUGAACCCAGCCACACCGUUGGACGCGGAGCACAUGGUCGUGACGAACGGGUGCUCGUCGGCCAUCGAGCACGUCUCGUGGGUGUUGACUGAUCCCGGAGAGGGGAUCCUGCUGGGUCGGCCGUUCUACGGGACUUUUAUCCCGGAUAUGUCGUCGCGACCGGGCGCGGCGGUGGUGACGGUCGAGUUUGGCGACGUGGAUCCGUUCAGCGAGGAGGCGGUAUCCAAGUACGAGGAGGCCCUGUUGGCUUUUCAACGGUCGUCGGGGAAACCCGUCCGGGCGUUGAUGCUGUGUCAUCCACACAAUCCGCUGGGCCGAUGCUAUCCGCGCAAGGUGUUGAUUGAAUUGAUGCGACUGUGUCAGAAGUAUCGGAUCCACCUGGUCAGCGACGAGAUCUACGCGCUGUCUGUCUUUGCGAACACCGUGGAUGAAGCACCCGCGCCUGUGGACUUCGAAUCCGUGCUGUCGAUCAAUCGGGACGGGAUUAUCGACCCGAGUCUGGUCCAUGGACUUUGGGGAAUGAGCAAGGACUUUGGCGCAAACGGGAUCCGUCUGGGAGUGAUUAUUUCCCAAUCCAACCCCGAGGUCCUGGGCGCUAUCAAAGCCACCUCUCUGUAUUCAUAUGCCUCGGGAAUCACAGACCACCUAGUCGGCAACAUGUUGAUGGACGACGCCUUCACAGACGAGUACGUCCAGGAGAACCGAAAGAGACUCGCCGAGUCAUACGCAUACGCAGCCACCUUCUUCAAGGACAACCAGAUCGAAUACGCACCGGGCGUCAACGCCGCCUUCUUCCUAUGGGUCAAUCUCGGCCGGAGGUACCGCGAGCUUCAUGCGGAUUUCUCCGCCGAGGAAGUGGUCAACCAGAAGGUCAUGCAGAAUUUGUUGCGCGAGAGGGUGUUUCUGUCUGAUGGAACGCUGUUUGGGUCGGAGAAGGACGGGUGGUUUAGACUGGUGUUCACGCAGCCGAGGGAUUAUUUGGAUCUUGCGCUGAAGAAGAUCCUCAAGGCUUUGGAGUAA